CAAAGAGAAUAUUCCCCAUAACCCACUUGACGAAUAUUCUAAUUCCACUUCUAAAUAUAAUCACCGAUCCCUCUCUCUCUCUCUCUCCGUCUCUCAUCUCACCCAAACGUCGCCGUCUCAAAACCCGACAUUUCACCGGCGAAUUUCCAUAUUCGGGUGUUGGGUGUAGCGCGGGAGCAUGAAGUUCUCAAAGAGCCUCGGCAUCCUGAUCGAGGAGGCCUUACCAGAAUGGCGGGACAAGUUUUUAUCGUACAAGGACUUGAAGAAGCAGCUGAAGCUGAUCUAUCCCAAAGACGGAGACAAGCCUCCCAAUAAACGGCCCAGAUUGGCCGACCCCGACGACGAGGACGACCGUAGGGACGGUGGAGAUAUCGCCGUCGAGGGCGGCGAAGGUGCUGAGGUUUCCAAGGAGGUCACCGAUUUUGUGAGGUUGUUAGAGAACGAAAUGGAAAAGUUCAAUGUUUUUUUUGAGGAGAAAGAGGAAGAGUAUGUUAUUAGAUGGAAGGAGCUGCAAGACAGGGUAGCAGAAGUGAAGGAUUCGGCUGAGGAGUUGAUGAAAGUAGGGAGAGAAAUAGUGGAUUUUCAUGGAGAGAUGGUUUUGUUAGAGAAUUACAGUGCCCUCAACUAUACAGGACUUUUGAAGAUACUAAAGAAGCAUGACAAGCGAACUGGUGCUCUAAUUCGCUUUCCCUUUGUCCAAAGGGUCAUGCAACAGCCAUUCUUCACAACUGAUGUACUGAACAAGCUUGUGAAGGAGUGUGAGGCUAUGCUUGAUCAUGUUUUCUCGAAGAAUGUCCCAUCAGUCCCAUCUGAAGGAACCAAAGUGGAAGAACGGUGUGAGUCUACGACUGUGACUGAAAAUAGAGAUAGGCUAUUUAGAGCUCCUACAGAACUUGCAGAAAUAAAGCAUAUGGAGAGCGUGUAUGUGAGACAAACUAUAUCGGCAUUGCGUGUCUUGAAAGAAGUUCGGAGUGGAAGUUCAACCGUCAGUGCCUUCUCAUUGCCCCCUUUGCAAACCAAUGUGGUAGAGGAGGAUUUGAAGAAUAUACCUGUUUUAGAACAAGCGGCCAAAUAAAUUCCUUUGACAAAUUUGGGAUGUAGGUUUCCUUUUAUUAAUUAAUUUACACCAGUAUCAGAUACAAAUUGUAUGCUCAUAACGAUGUGAUUGAGCCUUGGAAAUCCUUUCUUUUUUCCCUGGCCAUUGUCAAUCGCCAUGUCCGAGUGUGAUGUUUGCAUGUCUAAUUGAGGAACGAGAUAGCCACUCAAGUAAAGAUGUAUGGAUAUAAUUAAUUUGUUUUUCCCAGACAGCAAUUCUUCCAAAAUGGGCAGUUUGGGGGUCUAUAGGAAUUUUGAUAUCUCUCCUGAAAAGAGUUUUAUAAGGAAAAAA